CCUUAUUCUGUGAUAUAGGCUUUUCUGGUCAUGUUUUAUUUAAACUUGUUUGGGCGCCUACUCCUGGUCUUUUGUGUGGAUACAUGGCUUGGUCAAACGUGUUUUUUGCUCUUUCUUCAAUAUUUUUUAUC